AUGUUAUUAUUAAAAAAUGUGUAUUUUAUUCAAGCUGGCAUUGGAAUCUUAGCCAAUGCCUUCUUCCUCAUCUUCCACAGCUUCACAAUCCAACAGGUCCAUAGGCUUAGGCCCACUGAUAUAACCACCUGUCACCUGGCCUUUGUCCACUUAGUGAUGCUACUUACUACACUGGAUAUUUUAUCUGAAGACAUGUUCCAAUUGUGGAAUUUUCCAAAUGAAUUGAAGUGUAAGCUUUUGUUCUACCUGAGUAGGGUGACGAGGGGUCUGUCCAUCUCCACCACCUGUCUCCUGAGCAUCAUUCAGGUCAUCACCAUCAGUCCAGCCUCCUUCUGCUUGUCAAGAUUUAAACAUAAACUCACAAGUUAUAUUGUUUUUGCUUUCUUCUCUUUUUGGUCCCUCAAUCUGUAUACCAAUAGCUAUGUGAUCAUCUACACUGUGGCUCAUUCCAACAGGACCAAUCUACUCAAUGUCAGUAAAUACUGCUCACUUUCCUCAAUGAACUCCAUCAUCAUGGCACUAGUUCUCACACUGGGAUUGUCCCAGAGUGGCUUAUUUGUAGGGCUCAUGCUGCUCUCCAGCAUGUACAUGGUUGUUUGCCUAUGUAGCCAUCAGAGGAAGUCUGCAUAUCUUCACAGCAUGAGCAUUUCCCCAAGAAUCUCUCCGAUAAAAAGGGCCACCCGUACUGUCCUAGUGCUGGUGAGUUUCUUUGUGAUUAUGUACUGUUUGGAUAUCAUCAUUUCAUCCUUCUCAACCAGACUGUGGAGAUAUGAACCUGUGGUCGUGGAUAUCCAGAGACUGGUGGGAAAUGUCUAUGCCACUGUCAGUCCUUUGGUGCUUAUUAGUUCUGAUAAAAGAAUAAUUCAUCUUAUGCAGAACGUGAUUGAUAUGGCAACAAUCUUAAAAUAA